AUGGCGUCCUGCCCCCACCCCCCCCCCCACAGGAGGAGAGCCCUGAGGAUCUCCCCGGGCCUGGACCAGAUGGGCUCCCUGAACUGGGACCUGGCCCUGUGUCUGCUCCUGGCCUGGGUCAUGUGCUACUUCUGCAUCUGGAAGGGGGUGAAAUCCACCGGGAAGGUGGUCUACUUCACCGCCACCUUCCCGUACCUGAUGCUGAUCGUGCUGCUGAUCAGAGGCCUCACGCUGCCGGGGGCCGCCAUCGGGAUCAAGUUCUACCUUUACCCCGACCUGGGGAGGCUGGCCGACCCACAGACACUAGGAGGCCGAGACGCCAUCGAUAAUUAA